GUGGUGGUCUUGCCAUUUGAAGUAAAUAAUUUAUGUAUUUUCAGUUUUUGGGGGCCAAGCUCUACAUCUUAUGACAAUUACAACUGAUGCUUUGUAAACUGCUUGCUGCAGGCUUUUGCAUAACAGACAUUCGAUGCUUCCCAAAUUACCUCUCUGUCCAGUUCUGUAGAUAAUUGAAACUUUAGAUAUAGACUUACUGUGAUGAUUGUGUCUAUUAUUUGUUUUGCUGUGAUAAUUUAUGGCGAUCAUACUUAAUUAUGUCAUUAUCAUUAGGGUGGUUUUUAUCAUUCAUAAUAAUUAUAUCAGCAUCAUAAUGUAGGUAAAUAUAUUGUUUCCUCAAUCAUCAUGCCUACCUGAUACUCUUAACCAGUCUAAUUGUUUGAAUUUUAUAGACUGGUUUUAAGAAAUUGUUUUUAAAUAUAGUUCUAAUGACAACAAAAGAUGCAACUAGUAAACCAGUCUUUGUACUGAAUUUUUUGUUUUUAUGGACUGGUAUUCAGAAAUUAGUAAGUGUCUAAUGUAGGCAAAGAUGCAACUGGUAAACCAGUCUUUGUUUUUGAUUUUAUAUAGACUGGAAUUCAGAAAUUAGUAAGUGUCUAUAAUUUAUAUAGGCAAAGAUGCAAAUGGUUAACCUGUCUUUGUUUUUGAUUUUAUAUAGACUGGUAUUCAUAAAUUAGUAAGUGUCUAAUGUAGGCAAAGAUGCAACUGGUAAACCAGUCUUUGUUUUUGAUUUUAUAUAGACUGGUAUUCAAAAAUGAGCUCUUAACUUCAGAUUUCCCAGUGGUGAUCAAGAUAAACGGUAAAGAAGUCCUUGUAUAAUUCCCACUCACAUCUGACAUAGAAAUUUACCCAUCACAUAGCAUGUUGUUGUUGUUUUUCAUUGCUGUUGUUGAUUUCAUAACAAUAUAGAUGUUGUUUAUUUAUUUAUUUUGUACUUUAAGCAUUGUUUUAUAGUCUAUAUGGGCUUUAUGGUUUUAGAUGUAUUAUAAUAUUAUAUCAAUAUAGUGUCACCACAAACUUGGAUUGAAAAAAGGAUGUGCAAGUGACUGUGGUAUUGAAGGGCAUCUUGACUUUUAAGAAUUUGAUUAGAAUUACUUUCCCAAAACUAUGAAAUUUAGUCAUAGUAAACAUACAUGUCAGUGUAAUGGAUGAUGACUGUAUGUCAAAUUGCAUGCCAAAUAUGUGUAUCUCCAUUCAUUUUUAUAUCACAUCUUUCUAUUUUUGCAUGCCUAUAUACUGUAUAUGUAACCAAAUUACUCAAUGUAUCAAUCAUUCAACAUUAUAUUGUAUUAUCGAUUUUAAAUGGACUUUUACAUAAACAUCUUUGUUGGUCACAAGACUUUUACGACAUACUUUUUAACUUCAGAUUAACAGACAUUCUAGAUGUACCAUCGAUAAACCCCCUGUCUGGGACAUACGUGACAGGGGGAGGAGGUUUAGGUGGUCAGAUGAGCUCAAUAGACGAGGCAUAUAACUUCUUCGCCACAAGAAACCCUCUUGAUCUGGAUGUUGGAGGUGGUGGUAUAGGAGCUGGCAUACCAAACUAUAAUACUGGUGGUGAUUAUGGAGGGGGUGGGGGCUACCAGCGGUCGUCACCGACCCCAAGAGUCACAUUUGCUGAUGAAGGACCCCCAUCAAC